AUGAAUCGCGAAUGGAAGGUUCUCAUUGUGGAUUAUGAUCUUAAUCACUUGUUGAGAUUGGAAAAAAUGCUACAAUCUAACCAUUUCAAGGUGACAAAAUGCCAAUAUGCAAAGGAAGCAAUAUCUAUGCUACAAGAAGAUAGAAAUAGAUUUGAUUUUGUUAUAACUGAUCUCAACAUGCCCGACAUGGAUGGGUUUGAGCUACUAAAGUGUAUUGGAUUAGAUAUGGAUAUCCCCGUUUUAAUGACCUCAACAACUGAUGAUGAUGAAGAUCUAAUAAGGAAGGGGCUAAUACAUGGAGCUUGUGAUUUCCUCAUUAAGCCAAUUCAAAUGGAGAAUGUGAAACAUUUAUGGAAAUACGCGUAUUGGAAACAAAGACAUCAAAGGGUGGAACAACCCACAAGGAGUACUAGUAGUAGUUCUCACAUAGAUAACGACUUGAAUGAAUCCAACACUCGGGAGAAUCACUUUGAAAAGAUUAACAUAAAUUCCUCGAAAAUCGAUUCGAUUGUUGCUAGUAGUGAUUGUGAAGAUGAUGAGAAAUGCAUGAAGAAGAGGAAGCAUGCAACUAACUUGGGAGAUUUACUAGUAAAUGAUGAUGCAACUACAAAGAAAAAACAAAGGGUCAUUUGGACUACUGAGCUUCAUGCUAAGUUUGUAGAAGCAAUUAAUCAGAUUGGGAGUGCAAAGGUAGUUCCAAAAAAGAUUUUGGAAAUAAUGAAUAUUCCUGGCUUAACUAGAGAAAAUGUUGCUAGCCAUCUACAGAAAUAUCGUCUUUAUCAUAAGAAAUUUGAGCAAAUUUCACAACAUCAAAAUGAAGGCAAGACUUUUAUAUCUCCUAUAGAUGUGUAUAGUGUUCAAGCACAAGUUCUUCCAAACUCGUCACCCUUUCAAGUACGCGAUUUCACAAGUUUGAAUUCACAUCCUCGAAACUUGAGACUUCAUCAUCAUGUCGAAAAUGGUGGUAAUGUUAUAUAUCAUCCUGUUGUUUCAUAUGCUUAUUGUUCAACAAAAGUUCCUUUAGUUGAAAAUGCAUGUUCACUGAAAGAGACUACAUCAAUCGAGGAGCAAGUGAAUAAUACAUAUGAGAGUUAUGUACAUGAUUUAUGUUACAAUAAUACCACAUUCAAUUUUGAUUGA